AUGGCACUUCCUAAGCGAAUCGUCAAGGAAACAGAGCGUUUAUUGGCUGACCCUGCACCUGGCAUCAGUGCCACUCCUCAUGAAGAUAACUUGAGAUAUUUUGAUGUGAUUAUUGCUGGUCCUAGUCAAUCUCCCUUUGAAGGUGGUGUAUUUCAUCUUGAAUUGUUUUUACCCGAGGAUUAUCCUAUGGGUCCCCCUAAAGUUCGUUUCUUGACUAAGAUUUAUCAUCCUAACAUCGAUAAGUUGGGUCGUAUCUGUCUUGAUAUUCUUAAAGAUAAAUGGUCUCCAGCUCUUCAGAUUCGUACUGUAUUACUUUCUAUACAGGCACUAUUGUCUGCCCCUAACCCUGAUGAUCCAUUAGCCAAUGAUGUUGCUUCUCAUUGGAAAGAAGAUGAAAAGGGAGCUAUUGAACAAGCUCGUCAAUGGACUACCAUGUAUGCUCAUACCUAA